GGCUGCAAUAUCAGCGGUGGUAUUACUCAACCCACCGGAAACGCCAUUACCCAGGACCUUCGUAUUCUCCCAGGACUAUAUCAAUCAACUCCAGAGAACAUGUACUAUGCGUACGGCGGGCUGGGCCUGCAUUAUGGGGCAGAAAAGCUGGGCAUGACGGUGCUGCCUAUUUCCGGUGGCGGCACAGAAAGACAGCUGAUGCUGAUGCAGGAUUUCCAGAGCGAUGCCAUCUGCUGCACCCCUUCUUAUGCAUUGACUUUAGCAGAAGAAAUCAGAAAGCAAAACAUAGAUCCCACGAAGUUGAAUCUUAAGUAUGCGAUACUGGGCGCAGAGCCCUGGACGGACAGCAUUCGCAAUGAUAUUGAAGCCAGGCUGGGCGUGAUAGCCACCAAUAUUUAUGGGCUGAGCGAGAUCGUCGGACCCGGUGUAUCGCAGGAAGACUUUGAGGAACAAGGCACGGGUAGCUAUAUCUGGGAAGAUCAUUUCUACCCGGAGAUUGUAGAUAAGGACACCCAUGAACCCUUACCUUAUGGCCAGCAAGGUGGUCAUAUAAUCGUAGUUGGGGCCGCUGGUAAAGAUCUCCCCAUAAACAGCACUGGCCAUUUUUUGCCCGGCACUAUCCCUGAAAUAAUGAUAAGCGCCGGCAUCAAGAUCAUACCUGCCCAGGCGGCCACCAUCGCUCAGCCAGAAUGUCUUGGUUAUCGGAUCAUGAUAAUUAUUGUUGUGCCCCGCCUGGAUCUGCCUCAGUGCCGUAUCCUCCUUAGCAGUUACCAGUCCUCCCUUUUCUACAUAGCUGACCGUAUUGAAGAGCGGGAUCAAUAA